AAACCGCCACACCCGCGCCACGACCUGGUGGCAGGAUUCCCCUGGUGGCUGCCCGCCUCUCCUCCUCCCAACGGGGCGGGCCUCCGACGCCGUCCAUGUCUAUCUCCCGUUGACCUCCGCUGCCCCGCAUCCCUCCCCACCGAUGUGCUCCCUUUGCCUCCGGGUCUCUCCCACAGAGUACGACGCCCGCCGCCGGCGUAACCUCCCUUCGCCCCGCUCGACGUCGGCCUGCCCGUCUGCCUCUCCUAUGGCGCACGACACCUGCCGCCGGAUCCGCCCUUCCGCCGUCUCCUGUAUAACCAGUGCAACCUCCCUUCGCACCGCUCGCCAUCGGCCUGGCCCGCCCGUGCGCCUCUCCUACAACGCUGGCCUCCGGCCCGCCCUCCGCCAUCUCGUGUGGAUCACGGCGCCUGCCUGCCGGCCCCGCCCUGCCGCAUCUCCUAUGCCGCGCGGCGCCCGUCUGUCGGCCACGACUUCAUCACAUACCUCAUCGGAUUUGGUGCAUGUGCAGUUUCACAUUUGUAACAUUCGUUGCAGAUGAAUGACCAACCAGGCGCAGAUCCAUUUCAGUCUGAGCGUGCCCCGUUUUAGGACCUGACGAACACCGGUGAUAAUCAACGUCCUCCCGAGCAAAACCAUAACUUUGACAUUUCAGUCCGAAUUUAUCUAACUCUACCGGAAUAGGGUAAACUAUAACCAAAAGUUAGAAAUCUGACAUUCUGAUUGAUCAUACUAUCUGUAAUCCAUUCUUUUUUGCUUCAAGGGAGUUAGUUUGUCAAUCAUCAUGACCACCUGAAACUGAUUAAACCGGUAGGUCUCGACCUCGAUUGUCGUGAGUGCUCCAUGAAAGCUUGGGAUUUACCCUGCUAAUGUGACACCUUUGGUUGUGGAUCAGAAAGAAGAAGGUGGUGCACAAGAUCGCGACGAGUGUAACUGGCUUGAGGCUUUUUGAAUUCCUUUGUUCUACCAAAAGUACUUGUAUUAGGAUGUUCUCGACACAUUUGGAUUAGAUUGUCCAGAAAAUUUAUCUAAUGUCUGACCAAAUUCAUUUAGAUUCAGCUUAAUUAUAUGGUCUGUUCAUUUUCUGCAUUGAUUUUAUCAUACUAUAAAAUUGUCAUACCAGUAGUUCUUAACACUGCAUAUGUUUUCCUACUACAAGUGCCACUUGUUGUCACAAUGCUGCAAAGAGACGGUGCAUGGAUGCGUAGUUUAACUCUCACGAGUAGUUGAGUACUUGUAUAAAGAAGAAUUGUACAAUGCUGAAAGAUCUUAUUUGCAUCUGCAAAGAGGGAUCAUAUCAUUUGAGUGAUUCCAUAAGAAUCAAGUCACUCCUUGACUAACUCGAACUUGAAUCGUUUGCCUUUUUUAUCAUGGUUGGAGAUGUGGUGUAGGAGGAGCAGCAGCUAAUGGCAAACGCGCCAGUGAGCCCCAAGGGCGGUGGCCCCUACAACAUGAAGAAGACCAUCCGGACAAAGGGAAGUGAUGGAGACUUGCCUGAAUGUUUCUUUCCUCCGCGUGAAGUGCUUAGAGUUCUCAAAGGCAUCAACAAGACCCGGAGGAAAUUGACAAUAUGCAGAUUGAAAAGGUUUGGUUGCAUCAAUGAAUUGAUUCAAGACAAGAUAGCAAUGGGAACCAUUGUCCUAUAUUCAACAGGAUCGUCAAUGUUCUCUGUGCCACAAAGCCCGAUAGGUGUGAUGGAUGUUGAUGCAUGUCUCAGCCAACAGAGUGAUGUACUACUGUUGGACCUCCAGCAACAUGCUACCACAGCUCUUCGACAAGCAAAAGGCAGAGAAUUGGCAGAUGAUCGAUCUCACAUCAUGAUGUGCUUCAGAAGAUGAGAGACUCAGAACGGGGCAAAGAUGGUCCUGAUUACCGACAGACUCUUCAAGCUUACAAUUGGUGCCUGUUAUGACUCCCAUGGGCGUUGCUGUAGUCGACCCCAUUAAUUCAAAUUCUGAAGAUAACAUGUAGCCUGAAUCCAAGAGGGAACAAAUUUAGUUUUUCCAAGACUGCACUGUUUGUAUAUCUUUGGUUCAAAGUUUGCAUCUCUGCCAUCUUCAUAUCGACAAAGCUUGUAUGUACUAUAACUCCUUUCAAGUUCACACAAUAAAUUAGACAAUCUGAAAUCUUCACUGUA